UUCUUGCUUAACAUUCGAGAAGGGUUUCGUAUCUUUAAUAUCCAUCUUGUAACAAGAAAAGCUUAAACUACGAUCUCCCUGAGGAACUGGAAGAUGGUAAAGGGAUUGUGCAUAAGUGUGAUAUAUCUACACUAAACAACUAUGUCGAACGCAGAGUAUAUUGCAAGGAAAUAUUUGAAAAAAGACACUGGAAAGAAAAGAAAAAAGUCUAAAUCCUCAGAUUUUGUAGAAAUUCAAGAUGAAGAUGUUGCUGGAUGGAGAAAUGAGGAUGAACUAGCUGGCUAUUCAGAAGAGGCUACUUUAUUACAGGAUCAACCUACGAUUGUUAAAGACGAAAAUAUAAAAGAUUUAGAUGAAAUUGCGAUUGUUCAAAAAGCACAGGAAGCGACUGUUCCAACAACAUCACGUUGGAAACCUGUAGGAAGCACUGAGGGGAGCCAAGGAAGAGAGCCGGUAAACGAAUCAAUGGAGAAUGGUCCUGGGUAUGGAUUAGUGACUGGUAAACAAGUUUCGGAAAAAGCACGGCGGCAGCGUGAACGGGAAAACCAGGAGAUGUUCGCUAUGACGGACGAGGAAGUACGCAAAAGCAAAGAAACAGUGUACCGGGAUGCUACAGGUAGGCGUAUAGAUAUUACUCUUGCACGCCAGGAAGCACGAAAGAAAUUAGCCGAACAGGAACUGGAAAAAAGGCGUCAGAAGGAAAACCAACUUGGUGAAGUGCAAGUUCGCCAACAAGAAGAAUACCUUGAAGAAUUAGAACGACAGAAAAACGUGCCUCUUUCAAGGUAUGAAGAUGAUCCAGAAUAUAACCAGGAGCUUAAAGAAAGGGUUCGUUGGAAUGACCCUGCCGCAGCGUUUUUGACGAAACGGAAUACAGCCGCUACAAAGGCAUAUCAAGGAUAUGCUCCUCCAAACAGGUUUAACAUUCGCCCUGGGCAUCGAUGGGAUGGUAUCAUUCGGAGCAACGGAUUUGAAAAUCGUUGGUUUCAGCGACAGAAUGAGCGAAAAGCUCGCGAACACGAAGCUCAAAUGUGGGCAGUGGAAGAUAUGUAAUGAAUAUGGUUGUACUGUUUUUUGUUAUGAGAGAAUCACUUGUCCUUUCAGGAGGUAAGAAGGUAAAGUCAAGAGUAAUAGACUAGCUGACUCUUCUAUUCUUAAAAGUCUUUUUGUAUUUCCUACGAUAGUUGUGGGGUAACUUGUAACGUAUUCACUUAUAUAAAGUCUAUACUGUCUUAUCGGUUUCUCAGGUGUGAUUUUAUUCACAUUUCUCUUCCUUCUUAUUGUUUUUAUUAAAAAUGAUUUCAAACUUUUCUUCAA